AUGGCCUUCGUCUCACUGAGAUCUGCCCUUCGGACCGGACGUCCAUCUCUUCCCUGCGGCAUCGCAGCUUUCAGUUCUAGCGCGCCCAGCUCAUCCCGCCGGCAGGUGCUCAUCCAAUUAUUAGAAGAUGUCGACGGUCUAGGCUUCACAAAUGACCGAGUCCUGGUCAAUCCCGGGAGAGCAAGAAAUCAGCUCUUACCUACCGGUCAGGCUAGAUUCGUACCAUGGAAGCGGCCGUCCGACCGGGUCCAGCAGCGAACAGAGCGUGCCCCCCCACCAACAGCCAGCGCUCCAUCAGCAUCCGAGCCUGCCGCUGUCCCACCCACCUCUGCCGCCGUCCUCGAAGCCAUCCAAUCCCUCCCCGUCUCGUUCCAUUUCCCACACCGCACCAUCUCGCCAAAAGCAAAGACGAUAUACGGAUCCGUCACGCUCGCAGACGUCGUCAAGCGGUUAGAGGACGACUACAAGAUUCCAUCAGGCGUAAAUGAAGGAAUUGGGACGAUGGGAAGUUGA